AUGGGCGCAACUGGCUCCAGAGGCAUGUCCCCCGGUUGGGAUGAACUCCAGAUCGGCGGUGGUCACCUUGAACUUUCUCCCAUUGAUCGCCUUCUCCUCUCUCACUGGACGGCUACGCCGAUGGUUGAGCGCUCCCGGGAGCAAUUUCCAGACGAGGUAAAGGCAUCGGUUUCCAUGGUGCCGAUGCCGCGGAUGAUGAGUGUUCUGGAUGAGCUUACGUUUCUGGAGAGACUGAUGACGGCUUACAAUGUGUCAAUCUAA